GUAUGAUUUUGUUGACAUGCGAUAGGUUUAUACAACAGUGCAUAUAUUUAUUAAGGAGAAUAAUAUCAACCUUCCUUCAAGAUUUGAUCAGUUCACUGAUGAAAUAUAGUGUGAAUUGAGUUAAAUGAUCAGUUCAUGAGAGGAUUCAUUUUAUAGUUUUAUAAUUUUAAAUUAUUUAGUUUAUAUCCACUAAAUCUUUAUAGAAAGAGAAUAGGUUGUCAAAUUAUCAAAGUGAUCGGAAGUGAUUGUCAAUGUGAUUUAUUGUUGGUUUACAUAUUCUUUUACUGAAUUAUGAUUACGCAACUUGCACUGGAAUUUCUCACUUUUGCAUUUGACAGCCAAAAAAAAAAAUGAAACUGUGAAUUUAUUAAGUUAAGGAGGAAUUAUUAAUUAUAUAAAUCCUAGAGAUUUCUGAGAUUAUAUAAAAUAUAACAAAGCGAAAAAAUCUUUCAAUUGAGGAAUUAUUCAAUUGAUUAAUUAUACAAAAGAAAAAAUGGAAUUGUGUCUAUAGAAAGAUAUAAAGAUAUUCCGAAGUCAGUGUCUUGUACUUCAUUAUAGGCAAUAGUGGAUUAUAUCGACAGUAAUUUACAUGAACACAACUGCACUGGAAGAACCAAAUGACUGAUUAAGUGCAGGAACAGGGAUUUUUAUCCUGGAGCAAAAAAUAUUCAAUAUAUUCUGUUUGAUUUUAAGUCUUUGUUGUUUUUCUAUGUAACCGAUAACGUUGAUUGAAGUGGUAUUAAAACACAAGGAGCUUCGUUUCCGAUUUUUCUUGAGUGUUUAAAGCAAAUAAGACUGAAAAACCCUGUUAAUGGUAUCCUAUGGGAUAUAAGCUUUCUUGAAGGAAUAACACUCAUUGGAUAUGAUUUUAAUGUCAUCAGGAGUUAACAUCCCAGUUGUUGGCCUCUGAGAUUUUCAAUAUCCUCUUCUGGGCCUCGGGAUUAUCGAGUUUAUAUAACUUCACCCUUUUGGUUGAGUGCAGCAAAUUUUGCAAAAUUGAGUAAAAAAAUCUAAUCACUAGACUAUAAAAGAAAUGUGUGUUGACAAUUGCUUGUAAGAACUCAUUGGAUGGAGGUGUUUUGAGCAGGCUCAGCGACCACUAAUCCGGAAAAUUUUAAAUUACAUUCAUUCUUUAUUAUAGAUAUGUACUAAAUUAAUUUGUAGUUCAUAGAGGUUUUUAUUGAUUUGGUUGUGGAGAAAUUGAAAAACGAUUGCAUUUCGUGUAAAUAAAACAUUAAUUUGGAUGUUUGAUAGAAGCAAAAGUGCUGAUUUGAUUGAAAAUUGAAUUACAAGUGAAAUAUUUGACCAAAUUCAGUUUUAAGGGGAUAAGUUUGUGUAUAAUACAGUUGUACUGCAACUAAAAGGAAAAUAACAAUCAAGACUUUCACAAGUUAACACUAACAGUUUGUGAGAUAGCAAAUUUUAAAGGGCAUGGAUUUUUGUUUAUUAUAUCCUUUUGGAGACAAAUAAGAUAACAUUUAUUAUGUAAAAAUAAUUCAGUGAGAAAGGAUGUUUUGAUAAUUGAAAACAAAUCUGGAUAACUUCAUGAACAUUGUAUAUCUAAUGUUAAUGAUAAACAAAGUUUGGAUAUGGAAGGAAAUGGACCAGUCAUCAGUAGUUCAGAUGUAAAGUCAGAUUUAUCAAGAUCUGGCAGUGACAAUUCUUCUAAAAAUCCCAGAAUUCCUUUGUCAUAUCUUGUCGCCCUGUUGCAACCGUCCAACAUACCAGACACACUGGAUCGAGAGGCGUCAUCAGCACCGGAUCAUUCCGGUAGAAUGGCGGUGACGCGUGUUCCGACACCGCCACCGCCAGAAAUGUCAUGUCCAGUAGCUGAAAACUGGUGUUACACACAGGUGAAAGUUGUGAAGUUUUCCUACAUAUGGACAAUAAACAAUUUUAGUUUCUGUAGAGAAGAAAUGGGUGAAGUUUUAAAAAGUUCCACAUUCUCAGCUGGAGCUAAUGAUAAAUUAAAAUGGUGUUUGAGGGUGAAUCCUAAAGGAUUGGACGAAGAAAGUAAAGACUAUUUAUCGUUAUAUUUAUUAUUAGUGUCGUGUAAUAAAAGUGAAGUUAGAGCCAAGUUCAAAUUCUCAAUACUUAAUGCAAAAAGGGAGGAAACAAAGGCUAUGGAGAGCCAAAGAGCCUACAGAUUUGUACAAGGAAAGGACUGGGGAUUUAAAAAAUUUAUACGAAGAGAUUUUCUUAUGGACGAACAAAAUGGCUUAUUGCCAGAUGACAAAUUAACAAUAUUUUGUGAGGUUUCAGUAGUAGGUGACACAGUAAAUGUGUCGGGACAGUCAAAUUGUACCCCAGUAAAAGUACCAGAAUGUAAACUAAGUGAUGACCUUGGUAGUCUAUUUGAAAGAUCAUCAUUUAGUGAUGUCACGUUAUGUGUUGGAGGUAGAGAAUUUCAAGCUCAUAAAGCAGUAUUAGCAGCUAGGUCUCCUGUCUUUAAUGCAAUGUUUGAACAUGAAAUGGAAGAAAGAAAGCAGAACCGUGUAGAAAUUACAGAUGUUGAUCAUGAGGUGAUGAGAGAAAUGUUACGAUUUAUUUACACAGGAAAAGCCCCCAACUUAGACAAAAUGGCUGAUGAUUUAUUAGCUGCUGCAGACAAGUAUGCAUUAGACAGAUUAAAAGUUAUGUGUGAAGAGGCAUUGUGUUCAAAUUUAAGUAUAGAAAAUGUGUGUGAAGUUUUGGUGCUCGCCGAUUUACAUAGUGCUGACCAGCUAAAAACACAUGCUAUAGAUUUUAUAAACAGUCAUGCAACAGACAUUAUGGAAACCCAAGGCUGGAAAACAUUAAUACAAAAUCAUCCUCAUUUAAUCGCUGAUGCUUUUCGUGCUUUAGCAAGUCAGCAGAGUCCACCAUUAGGUCCUCCACGAAAACGAGUGAAGACUUCAUAGCCCUUGUAGUUACAAUUAAUAGUAUAUGAACUACAUUAGCUUUCCUGUAAAUUAUUCCCAGCAAAUUAUGUGAUACUGUUGCAACAGAUUUUAUAUUGAGGACUUGAUCAGAGAAUACACUUGGUAAAUAGAAGUGAGGAAAACAGCAUACAGAUAAAACUACUAACACCUGAUGGUUAGUCGAAAAAUCUUUCAAUGGAGAUCACUUUUGUGACAAAAAGUUAAAAAGAAGAAAGAAAAAGUUGCAACCUUUCCCAUUUAUUCCAUUAGUUUAGCACCAGGAAUAAUUGCUAUGGUUAAAGUGGCAAAGUAUCGUGAAGAAUUUAGUAUGUGGAAUUUGAACCUGUCAAGGACAGGUUACUACAGAUAAUUAGUCGCUAGUUUCUAAAUACGUAUUGACACAGAAAAAAUGAUCCAUGAAGCAUGCAUCAUUAGUGCAUUGUAUGUAUUUAUAGCAAAACUGGUAUGCUAACAUUUGUACAGAAAGCAUGUUUAACUUUAUUGUUAAACGAGUGAGUGGUAUGCUUACUUAAUAAUACCAUUGCAAUUGUAAAACUUCAAUAUUUUGCAAUAUCAAAAAGUCUCAUAACUGUUUAAUCUGAUUUAUAUGAUGUAUUUGGUUCAUUUGAUUCAGUAAUAGUUUCAAAGAAUGCAUGUUCUUCAGCCUUCUUUAUGCUUUAUUUGUAGUAUUGAAAAAAUGUAUUUGUUUAAAGAGAUUUUGAUUGGAAAUAAUGUUUUUGUGUAAAAUUUUACUUAUGAUUUUCAAAUAGCACUGUUAAAAGCAAUGAAUUGUUUAUCUAUCAGUUUUGUUGGUAACUUGGGAUCCCUGUCCCGACUCUGCUUGGCAUCAUUAUGGACAGAUGGGGUAAAAUGCAUACUAUCAAUUUACAGUGCUGACCAGGCUUAAUUUACUGCAUAUGUUCCAAAUACAUAAAUAAAAGAUAAGCCAAUUGGACCUUGAAUUUGUUUGUUAAAGAACACAAUCAAAUCAGUAAAGUUUUGUUACUUUAUCUGAAUUUUUUAAUACUACUUUUAUAUGUCCGAAAUGUGCACAUAAUAUUUGCCACUGGAUGUCAAACAAAGAACAAAUUUAACAAAAGUAUUUGGCUUGAAUUGUACAACAAUUAUUAAUGUUAAAGUUUGUGUUAAACCAUUAUUUUUUCCUCUUCAUAUAAGAAAACAGUGCUUUCCUACAAUACUUCUAAUGUAAAUUUUACAUAUUGCUGUAUUCUUCUUGACUGUACUGCUGAGCAGCGAUUCAGAAUCCCAUAAAGUGAGGGCUAUUUACGGAAUAAAUGCAGACUCUGUUUACCAGGAGAUUAAUGAUAUGUUUUGUAGUGAAACAUAAAUUGUGGUUUUUUUUUCACCAUCACAACAGCUGUUUUAUUUACCAUUUUCGCAGAAUGAAUGGAUAUUUGUAUGAUUGUAAUCUGUAUACAUGGAAUUUUAUGUACAAAUGUAUUUAUGAAGUUGUAUAUUUUUUGCCAAAUAUCACAAUUCCAACUUUGGUGUCUUUAAAUUUGAGGGAUAUAAGUUAGUGUAGUUUAAGAUUAAAAUGAUAUAGAAUAAUUAUUGGGAGAAAUAAACAACUUUUUAAAAGUGAUAAAAGUAGAUGUGAGGUAUAUGUUAGUGAAUAAGGUAUGUUAAGAAGUAUCUUUUUGAAGGGUUAAAUUUAUUUAAAUGUAUUUAUCUAUGGUUGGGUACAAUGUAUUACUAAGAGUUCAUUUUAAUAACCCAGCACUCAUUUGAAUAUAUUGCAUAUUUAAGAAUAAAUGUAAUUGGCCAGUGACCAGUAUUGAAUAAUAAUCUUUUGCAUGAUUUAGCCUUUUUGUGCUGAGGCCACUAAAAGCAAACACCAAUCAUUCAAUGAAUAAAAAUCUUUGUAAAGUAGAUGCGUUAAGCUGAUAUGAGAAGAAUCAGAUGAGUUGUUAAUAUUGUUGAUAUUAAUGCAGUGUUUCAAAAUGAGAGUACACACAAAACAUUUAAUUCGACAAAGGCACAGAAACCUGUUUACAGUUGUAAAUAGUGUGUAAGAUAUUUGACUUGAGAUUGAUGUUCAGCUGGUCUGAACUUUCUGUCGAUAUUGUGUUAUUAAGUCUUAUUUCUGCAAAAAUGUUUAAGGCUGUUCCAUUAAAAAAUACAUGCUACCAAGGGAAAACACUUUGAAAAUGAGAUAACCAUCUAGAGACAAUUAUAGAAUUUCUCUUACAUUUUCACUGUACACAAUAGUAUUUAACACCAAUCCAUAGCUGAGAUUUUGAAUUGUCUUCCCUUGAUCCCAUGUAUGUUUUUUUUAUGGAACAGCCAGCCCCUAAAAACUAGAUUACCAUGCAUAUAGAUAGCAGCAUUAAACUAUUUCUGGAUUACAGUACCAUUAUUUGAUUUUACUUUCAAAAUUUUAUAAUAGUUGCAAGAAACAAACUAUCUAUUAAAGUGAAAAAUGUGGUUUUGUUUGCUUGAUUAAAUUUUUCUUUUUGCUUUUAAUAUUGUUUGGUUUAUGUUUUAUAAGAAUAUACAAAAUAAACUAGGAAUUGCCAUAAACUCAGCAAACUGCAUCAAACACUGACUGAAAACAUUAACUAAUAUAACAGAGAAAAGACACCAAUAAACAAUAAAGAACAAUUAAUGGACUCAAUUUACCCAGGUAAUAAAUGUGAAGGGGUAAAUGCCCUUUUAUGGGGACCCCAUAACUCAUUCCCCUAGUACUUGAUUACUUAGCUGAACUAUGUGAAAAACCCUGUAAAAAUUAACUUGUUCCAUUUUAUGAGAUAUUGCGAAAAUGGAUUUAUAGAUACCCUUUAAACUCAACUUAAUAAGAAAUAAAAUUGAGAAUGGAAAUGGGGAAUAUGUCAAAGAGACAACAAAUAAUGCCAAAAAUAAUGUUGAGUAUUUAUGAAAAAAGUAGUAACAAUAACCCUCCUUAUGCUUCAGUUUUAAAAAUGUUCUGUUAAGAUGGAAUUGUGAAAAAAUUCUACAAUAGAGCAUUGGUAUUUUAUGCAUGCUGUUAUGCUUUUCAGAUCCUAAAUAGAAUAUCAAGGUUAGUCUCUUUAUUACAGCAUCAUGGAUAUAAUAGGCCAUUGCUAUUUAUUUAUUGGUAUGCUAUUUCAUUAGUAUUCCUCUGUCAUAGUUACAAGCAGUAUAAGAGGCCUGUGUAACUAUCAUGCUUCAUCAACUUUUGAAUUUUUUACAUUCCUCAACGGUUUUAUAAUAACUCACAAAUGACCAUGGAUAUUUUGAAUGCUAUUUAUUAUUAUCAGUAUUUUAUGUCAAGAAGAUUGUGCAUCCUGUCUCUUUGUCAUCUGAAUUUAAAGUAUACAUUUCUUAACUAAUAUACAUUAAUUGCAUAUUCUUUUUUAAAUUCUCUCCUAAGCAAUACAGACAAACCUUUAUUUUAUCCGUCUUAUUUCUUUCCCCAAUACAUUUGGUGAAGCUUUCAUAGAAAAAAAAAGUUAGGAAAGGAAAAAAGAGCAGAUAGGGUUAUACAGAAUAAAUAUUCUACUUUUCUCUAUAAUUUUUUUUUAGUCUUAAUUAUGAAAUAUGGCCAGUAAUAUUGACCUUUUUCAACAGAUGCUUUGAAUUUCAUGUUUCUUCUAGAGGGAUAUGUUUCUGACAGUGUGUGCAAUGUUAUUUAAAGGUCGAGUCACAGGUACAAGUAAAUAUAAUAUUAUGUGACGAAUGAUUUUUUUUUUUUAGACUAUUUAUUGUGUUAGUGCUAAGUUUAAAUGGUUAUGAAUCAAUUAUGGAAUGACUCAGCUUAAUCUCUAAAGUCUUUCCUAUGCUUUUCAGUCUGAAGUUAUUCAUAGGUUUUCACAAAGUAUUGUGUAUUUUUAUUAAGCAUGAUCUUUUGUGUAUAGCUUUAAUGCUUUGCAAAAAAAAAAUGGGGGAAAAUAUGAUUUAAAACUUCAGUAGAUUUUAGGCUUUCAAAAUCAAGAAAGAGUUGAAACUGAAUUUCCUUGAAUUUAUUUCACAACGAUGUCAUUCAUUUAUUAAAAGUCCUUCAUCAAUCUUUACAAAAAUUCAAGUAUCACAGCUUAUGUUCUUGGAGGUUUAAACAACAUUUUUGAUCAUUUCAUAGCAUUUAACAUAUUAAUAAAUACCUAAAGAUAGCUUAGAUCUGCAAAUCUUGAUUUUGGUAUUGGCAAAUUGAAUACCAGUAUGUAUGCAAUAAAUGAAUAAAUGGGAGAUGUGGGGUAUACAUCAAUGGAUAUUCUUUACUCCAACCAAUAUUAUAUAGGAAGUAAAGCUAUUUACUUUCAUUCAGAAUUACAUAUUCCAAUUUGAUCAAGGAUUGAUGCAGUUUAUUUUUUUACCAAAACGUAAAUAUUGCAAUAUUUUUCAAAAUUGCAUUCAGCAGCAAGUGUAUUGCUGAAUUUUUGUGUGUUUUUUUUUUUAUGAUGAAUACAAAUUGUUGAAAAUCAUUAGAUUAAGUACAUUAUUUAGACUUCUAUUUUCAAAUUCCAGUAUGUCCCAUUUUGACUCUGCAAGUGAAACAAAUACAAGGGAAAUUUGCUCUAUUGCUUUAUUGGCUUUAAAAGCAGGAUUGAGAAUUAGGAAAUUCAGAUGAACUUUAAGCUGAUGUUAUAUCCAUAAAUUUUGUGGUGGGUGAAAAGAGCAUUCAAUCUCAUUCCAUGUAAAUUAUUAUAUAGGUAUAUAUGUUGUAAAUAAAUCAAUGAUCAAAAACUA